AUGACUUUUAAUAUGAAACUGAGGUACUCAAAAAUUGACUAUCGUCUUGUUUAUAAAACCGUUAAUUCUGAGGAAACGCCUUAUGUAUACUUAUACUUACCAACCCCUCAAAAUGACGGAAUUAAUAAUUUUGCUCUUAUAUUUAUAAAUACUGGCCAAAUUUACAAAAUUGAAACACCUGAGUUCAAUGAAAAUGAUACAAGUAUAGACAGCAAUGAAGUUGAAAAAUCUGAUUCAGAAUGUGAAAAGGAAAAUGAAUUUCCUGCUUCUUUCUUUAGAUGUCGAAAACGUAUGCGAAUUUGUUCAAGCUCUGAAAGUGAUAACGAAACCAGCAACGCUAAUAUAACGCGUAAAGAUGUACACAUUGCAAGUGAUGGAACUGUUUGGAAAGAAAUUCAAAAAGGUGGUUGCGCUGGUAGAUCACCUUCACAUAAUAUUUUCAAGGCUACUUCAGGACCAACUGCUUACACCAAGCGGAAUAUAAUAUCAGGUCAAGUUAGUAGCGCGUUUAUGUUACUAAUUAAUAAUCGCAUGAUAGAGCAUAUUAAAAAUUGCACAGAAACAGAAGCACAAAAUGUUUUAGGUAAUCAUUGGACAACAAGCAUUGAUGAAUUAUAUGCUUUUAUAGCGAUUUUAUAUGCUAGGGGAGCAUAUGAAUCAAAAAAUAUGAAAAUAUCAUAUUUGUGGUCAAAAAAAUGGGGACCUCCUUUUUUCAAAAGUACAAUGAGUAGAAACAGGUUCACGGAAAUUUUGCGCUUCAUUCGAUUUGAUAAAAAAAAUGAAAGAAGUAGUCGUUUACAAGUAGAUAAAUUUGCACUAGUUUCCGAAACAUGGAAUGCAUUUAUGAAUAAUAGUCAAAACUGCUACAAACCGGGUUCUUCUCUUACCAUAGACGAACAACUUUUUCCAACCAAGGCAAGAUGUAGGUUUACGCAAUACAUGCCAAAUAAACCUUCUAAAUUUGGGAUAAAGUUUUGGUUGGUAACCGAUGCUGAAAAUAGAUAUGUACUAAAUGGUUUUCCAUACCUAGGAAAAGAUAAUUUACGAAUAUCAUCGACACCUUUACAUGAAUAUGUGGUUCUAAAGCUUGUUGAACCUUAUUUAGGUUGCGGAAGAAGUAUAACUACUGACAAUUUUUUUACCAGUAUUCCAUUGACAAAAAAACUUUUAGCUAAAAAAACAACAUUAGUUGGAACUCUGCGAAGUAAUAAAAAAGAAUUACCACAAAUAGCAAAAGUAAAAAAAGAUAACAUGGCUCGGUAUGAAACUAUACUAUUAAAGUCUGAUAAUAUAGUUCUCACUAUUUACAAAUCAAAGCCUGCGAAAAAAGUAUUAGUUCUGAGUUCCAAACAUACCAACGUGAAGAUUGCCAAAAAUUAUAAACUUUUACCAGAAACUGUCGAAUUCUAUAACAAAACUAAGUUCGGAGUAGAUGUUAUUGACCAAAUGGCUCGGAAGUACAGUGUAAAAGCAAGUUCCCGUAGAUGGCCAUUGCAAGUUUUCUAUAAUAUUUUAGAUUUGGCAGGAAUCAACGCCUGGAGCUUAUACAAGGAUAUUACUGGCGAAAAUAUAACGAGAAAACAAUUUUUAUACCAAUUAUGUGAAGAACUCGCUGAUAAAUAUACACAUAAUAAAAUGCUGAAAUCCUCGCAGCCAGAAAAAUGGAGUAUAAUAGAGACCAUGAAAUCUACUUCGGAACAUCCUAAAGAAGAUAUGCAGCGAAAAUCUUGUGUAAUUGGAUUCUGCAAUAAAAACAAAACUAAUUCUCUUUGUUUUAAAUGCACGAACUACAUGUGUGGGAAGUGUACUGCCGAAAAAAUUUCUAUUUGUAAGAAAUGUGCUACAUAA